UCCUUUUGGUGGGAUUCCCCGACAACAACGUGCUCCGCAUAGUUCAAAAUAUUUUGACUUUUUCGGCUGUUUACUUCGCCUCAUCCAGUAACUCAUCUGCCUCGGACAGCAGUAGUGGGACACAUAAAGCGCUCUGCACCUUUGCUCUUCCCUUUUUGAAAUUAUGAUGGAAGAGCAAAGUCUGGACGAUCUGACAUUGAGCCAAGCCAUGCAGCUGAGCCAGGACUCCUUCAGUGAGCUGUGGAGCAGUGUUUCAGAUCCCCCCAUCUCAAUCUUCCCAAAGGUGAAUAAUGUGCCUGAGGAAACAUGGAGAACAGAUGGCCACAUGGAUAUGCUGUUACUUAAUGAUCAUUCUCUGACCGAGGGUUUUGAUGAGACCAUAUUCGAGCUGCCUACUCCGGACAUGUCCACCAUGGAUGGUGUGAAUCCGACUUCCUCCACAGUCCCGGUGACUUCGGACCAUCCGGGGGAAUAUGGAUUCCAGCUUCAAUUCCAGAAGACUGGCACAGCUAAAUCUGUCACUUCGACUUAUUCGGAGCAGCUCAACAAACUGUACUGCCAGCUUGCCAAGACCACCCCAGUGGAAGUUUUGUUGGGGAAGGAGAUUCCUUUAGGGGCCAUCAUCAGGGCUACGGCAGUUUAUAAAAAAACGGAGCAUGUGGCAGAAGUGGUACGCAGAUGUCCCCAUCACCAGAACGAAGACGCUGCCGACCACCGCAGCCACCUGAUCAGGGUUGAGGGCAGCCAAAGGGCCCAGUACUUUGAGGACCCUAACACCAAGAGGCAGAGUGUGACUGUCCCCUACGAGCUCCCUCAGUUGGGCUCAGAGAUAACAACUAUUUUGCUGAGCUUCAUGUGCAACAGCUCUUGCAUGGGGGGCAUGAACAGGCGCCCCAUCCUCACCAUCCUGACCCUGGAGACUGCAGAGGGGCUCGUUUUGGGGCGGAGGUGCUUAGAGGUUCGCAUCUGUGCUUGUCCAGGCAGGGACCGCAAAACCGAGGAGGAGAACAUCACCAAGAUGCAGAACGGGACCGUGCAAACUAAAAAGCGCAAGAGCACCCCCAGCUCCAGUUCUGUGAAGAAGUCCAGGCCCACCUCCAGUGCAGAGGAGGAAGACAAGGAUGUGUUUGUUCUGAAUGUUCGUGGUCGCGAGCGCUACGAGAUGCUGAAGAAAAUCAACGAUGGUCUGGAGUUGCUGGACAAAGACAGGAAAGCUAAGACCAGGGUGACGGUGAAACAGGAGUUUGCUGCGCCUUCCAGCGGAAAGAGACUCCUUAACAGAGGAGAGAAGAGUGACAGCGACUAAGGAGUUUGUCGCUUUGAUCAUGAGAACUAACGUCCUCUCUUUCUCCCUCCCUCCCUCCCAUCAGGUUUAUGUCAGGCUUUUAUUCGCCAAAAUCAUACCACUUCCUGCCUCCGUGCGCUUGAUCCGAUAACUGUACUGCCGUCGACCGUUUACUGUACUCAGAGUACUUUACGGUGUUAGUGUUUUUGACGUUUAGAAAUGAAUAAAGGUUGAAUAGGUUAUGUAGGGGGUGCAUACUGUAAGCAGGACUGCUCCAUCCUCGAGGUCCUAUAAAAUUGCCAAUUUGUUUAGGAGGCACUAUAUUAAAUCAGUGUUAACCUUGGCAGGGAUUUUCAUACGAGUCUCUAUCUUUACAUUUGUAAGUCAUGUUGUCAUUUAUAAUGCAUUAUUUUUUACAAGUGUUUUUAUUUUUGGCAUUUUGUCUUUUAUUUGCAAGAGGACAGUGUAGAAAAGAGGGGGAGAAAGAACAAAAGGGGAAUAACAUUUGACAAAAUGUCCCAAACUAGAAACAAACCAGUAUUUGGCAUGUGCCGUGACCACUCGGCUAACAAAGCGCUCCCUUUACGUUGUUUUUAGUCGAGGAAAUCUAAAGAAAAUGUUUCAGUUUUCAUAGUUUUUUUUUUUUUGUUGCAAGAUUGAAUUAAAACAAGUCACUGCCAUUUGUUAAAAGUCACGCUUGGAGAACUUGAAUGGAUGUUACUGUCCAUGAAUGUUGCUGUAAUACUGUCAGGGUUUAGACAUGGACUUGAGACCAAGUCUCUUUUUGAUGGGGGCACAGCGGGGGAAAAUACUGAUUGCAGCAUUAAUGGUGCAACAGCUUUUUGCCUUUUAUGUCUACCCUAAUAAGCUUGUUUAAGCAAGCUAAUUAAGCUGUCUCUUGUGGAAGCAUCAACAUUAUAGCCUACACAAAACCUAGUGGAAUGAUUUAUCUGUAAAUGAAUAAAAACACAGAUUUCCAUGCCUUAUGGCGCUUGGCAAUGAUGUGACUAUACCCGCCGGGCUAUUAAGACGCCGGCAGAUACCCUGACGGCAUCAUAUUAUAUGAUCAUUAUAUAAUUCCAAGCUUUUGUGCGUCCAUGUUAGGUAGUUUGAUCAUAUGUUGCAUCCAGCUCAGACAUAAAAGUGAGCUGGGAAGGGGAUCAAAAGCUUGGCUGCUUUUCUUUUUAUCACGAUGAGCUGUAACUACAUUUCAGCCCUGUUAUUUCCAAUCAUCGGUCAGUUGACCUCAGCGUUGCCGCCUCUUGAAUGCUGGUGAUUCUGUUUGCAGGGAACUGUAAAAUGUGCUGUCAUGCUUCUUUUUUUUUGUUAAAUGAACAGCGGAUUCGGUAGAUAUGGGGCUGGCUGGAUCACCCUUUUACUUUAUGUAACUUUUAUAUACAGUAGAACCUGUUGAAAAAUGUUGGAACAAAUACAUUAGCACUCAAAUUUGCAUCACAUCACCUUUUGUGAAUUGUAAGAUGCAAGACACUGUUCAGAUGUUGAUUACUACUGUCUGGGUAAACUAAAUAAAUGUGAUCUGAUGUUCUGUUUAAAUGUUUGGCCUCAGAUCAUGCAAUGCGUCACCAGUUCUCGAUGUGACCGAUCCCUGUCAACCACUUUUUGUUUUUACACUGCCAAAAAAAUAAACAAAAGGCAUUUGUUUCAUUUCUAUAUCUUCGUUGAUGAUUUGGGAACUUAGUUUUGUAUAAGAGGUUUAUCUUUCUAUAUUUUCAUUGUCAUUUUUUCAUGGCUUUUUUUGUACUAAUUGGCAUUUUUGUAACUCAAAGCUGUAAGCCAAAAUAAAUGCUUAACAUAAAUCUA